AUGCGCAUAACUUACCACAAUGGGAGCAGCGAGGACAAACAACAGAUCGUGAAAAAAGUGAAGAAACACGGCAUUCACCCCUUCUCAACACUGGGAUUGCAAGAAUCAAAACAGACCGCUGAAGAAAUAUUUAGCUUGCAGUACUACGAUGAAUUUAAUAAUCGAAUCCCCACGGAAAAUAUCUACAAACAUGUACACAAGUCUCUCAGAAUCCAAUUCAUGAAAAAUGGCAUACGGCAGUUUGAAACACAUUUGCGUAAGAACAAGGGUCUUGUUUAUUGGAAAAAUGAAACUUUAGAAAUAAAGCCAUUAAAAAUUGGAUCUUUUGGAAGUGUCAUUGUGAAAAAAGUAUUGAACAUAGAAAAACAGUUCUGUGGUAAAAUUUAUUUAUUUUUUGUUUGGCGUUUGUAUCUAAAGUAA